AUGACUACUAUUAAUGGCCAAGUGAUGAAUGUGAGCAAUGUACAGAACAAUGGGAAAUAUACAUGCCAUGUAGAAAACUCAAUGAGUCCAUCGGUUGGUGGUGUUGUAUUUGGAAGUAACUCGUCAUCACUAGAUGUACUGAUGUUAUUUCCUCCAAUGAUAGGAGAACUAAAAAACACAAGCGUUGUUGAAGGGUCUCCAGUGACUGUUUCAUGUCCUGUCACUGUUGGCUAUCCUCCCCAAACUACAUAUGAGUGGAUAAGAAAUGGUACAGUAUGGAAGAGAACUCAAAUGUUUUCAAUUGCUACAGCAAGGAAUGAUGCAAUGUUCUACACAUGUAAAGUUUCAAAUAGAAUGCAGCAAACUGGAGAGCAGCCUGUUUCUCAACCAGACACGAAAUCUUUCUAUCUUAAUAUAUGGUAUAAAUCAUCAAUAACAUCAUUUUUCAUAGAAGGGCAUCGAGGGCAGACACAUGUGACUGUAGACGAGAAUGAUGGAGGUAUACAGUUUACAUGUGAAGUUGACAGUAACCCGUCUUCAACUGUCAAAAUUCUGUUUGAUGGCAAGAUAUUGAAACAAAGAUCGAACACCAAACAAAUAUCACUGACUCACAGUAGUGUGGCAUGUCUUCAUGGUGGUGAAUAAACGUGUGAAGGAAACAAUCACUAUGGACAACUGUCUAAGAAAAGCAUC